UAGGAAAGCCUUUGCACCGGAAUCUGUUCCGCGGUAUCGUCUUUGUGCGGAAGGCCAACUGUGGGUUCCUGCUCCGUGCUCAAUAGUAAACCAAUAGAUCGGAGUGCCAUCACGAUGAAGUACUUGUUACUUCUGGUACUGGGGGUGUUUCUGUUUGCAGGAAUCUCCCAGGUUCGUGCGGAGGCCGCAGAUGACGACGAUGACACGUUGCCAAUGGUCGACAAUGAUCUCGGCGCAUCGAAGGAAGGUUCGAGAACGGACGCCGAGGCGGUGAAGCGUGAGGAGGAGGCCAUCAAACUGGACGGACUGAACGUGGCUCAGAUCAAAGAGCUGCGCGAGAAAUCGGAAAAGUUUACCUUCCAGGCGGAAGUGAACCGGAUGAUGAAGCUUAUCAUCAAUUCCCUGUACCGCAACAAGGAGAUCUUCCUGCGGGAGCUGAUCUCGAACGCUUCCGACGCACUGGACAAGAUCCGAUUGCUUUCGCUCACUGACCCGUCCGUACUGGAUAGCAACAGCAAUUUGGAGGUGAAAAUAAAGGCCGACAAGGAGGGCAAGGUGCUGCACAUUAUCGACAGUGGUAUCGGCAUGACCAAGCAGGAUCUGGUGAACAAUCUCGGUACGAUCGCCAAGUCCGGAACGGCAGACUUUCUGUCCAAGAUGCAGGACAACAAAUCAGAGGGCCAGGACGUGAACGAUAUGAUCGGCCAGUUCGGUGUCGGGUUCUACUCGGCGUUCCUCGUGGCGGAUCGGGUUGUGGUCACGACGAAGCACAACGAUGACAAGCAGUACAUCUGGGAAUCGGAUGCGGCCAGUUUCAGCAUCGUCGAAGAUCCUCGUGGUGACACGCUCCAGCGGGGAUCGCAGGUGUCGCUGCACUUGAAGGAGGAAGCUCUAGACUUCCUGGAAGAGGACACGGUGAAGCAGUUGAUCAAGAAGUAUUCGCAGUUUAUUAACUUCCCGAUCUACAUGUGGACAAGCAAGGAGGUCGAGGAAGAGGUGCCGGUCGAGGAGGAAAGUGCCACCACCGAGAAGCCAGUCAAGGAGGACAACGUUGACGAGGAGGAAGAGGACGUUAAGGUGGAGGAAGAGGAAACCACCGAUGAGGACAAACCGAAGACGAAGAAGGUCAAGAAGACGGUCUGGAACUGGGAGAUUAUGAACGACAGUAAACCCAUCUGGACGCGCAAGGUGAGCGAGGUAACGGAUGAGGAAUACAACGAGUUCUACAAAAGUCUGACGAAAGACACGACCGAGCCGCUGGCACAGACCCACUUUAUCGCCGAGGGAGAGGUUACGUUCAAGUCGCUACUGUUCGUCCCGAAAGUGCAGCCAUCGGAAAGCUUCAACAAGUACGGCACGAAGGCCGAUAACAUCAAGCUGUACGUGCGCCGCGUGUUCAUUACGGACGAAUUCAACGACAUGAUGCCCAAUUAUCUUAACUUUAUCCGCGGUGUGGUCGACUCGGACGAUCUGCCUUUGAAUGUGUCGCGCGAAACGCUUCAGCAGCACAAACUUAUCAAGGUGAUCAAGAAGAAGCUGGUUCGCAAGGCGCUCGACAUGAUCAAGAAGAUCGACAAGGCACAGUACGAGAAAUUCUGGAAGGAGUACUCGACCAACAUCAAGCUCGGUAUCAUGGAAGAUCCCAGCAAUCGAUCUCGGCUGGCCAAGCUGCUCCGCUUCCAGUCGUCUUCGACGAAGGACAAGGAGUACACGAGCCUGUCGGAUUACGUAGGACGCAUGAAGCCUAAGCAGGACAACAUCUACUUCAUUGCCGGUCCAACCCGUACCGAGAUUGAAAAAUCUCCGUUCGUCGAGCGUCUGCUGUCGCGCGGCUACGAAGUACUGUUCCUGGUGGAGGCCGUUGAUGAGUACAGUAUUUCGGCGUUGCCCGAGUUCGAUGGGAAACGCUUCCAGAACGUGGCCAAGGAAGGCUUCACGCUGAACGAAUCGGACGAGUCAAAGGCACGCUUCGAGGAGCUGAAGACGGAGUACGAGCCGCUGCUCAAGUGGCUGAACGAUGUGGCUCUAAAGGACAAGAUCGCAAAGGCGCAGCUCUCGGAACGUCUCUCAAACUCACCUUGCGCCCUGGUCGCUUCGAUGUUCGGCUGGACCGGUAACAUGGAGCGAUUGGCGUUGGCCAACGCGCACCAGAAGACGGACGAUCCGCAACGCAUGUACUAUCUGAAUCAGAAGAAAACGCUCGAAAUCAACCCACGUCACCCGCUAAUGCGAGAGCUGUUGCGUCGUGUCGAUGCGGACGUGGACGAUAUUGUAGCCAAGGACAUGGCGGUGCUGAUGUUCAACACGGCCACUCUACGGUCCGGCUUUCAGCUGCCCGAGACGGCCGACUUUGCCGACAGUGUCGAGCGGAUGAUGCGUCAAACGCUGGGCGUCUCGCUCGAUGAGCAGCCCGAGCAGGAGGAGUUUCCCGAAGCGGAUCCAUCAGACGAGGGCACUGCGGGAGGUGCGGCCGACGAGGACGAAGAAGCCAUCGAUGCGGAUGAACAUGACGAACUGUAAGUGUGGAUGCGAUGUGUCGUUC